AUGGCUACACCACCAGUACAGUCUGAACCAGAGUUAGAUCCACCAGUAGAGUUUGGUACAAUAAUGGAUCCUGUCCAUGGAUCCAUACAACUUGAUAAAUAUUUGUUAAAGAUUAUUGAUAGACCAGAAUUCCAGAGAUUAAGGAAGAUCAAGCAAUUAGGUGGUGUGUGCUAUGUGUAUCCUGGAGCCACUCACACAAGAUUUGAACACUCAAUUGGGGUUUGUCACAUUGCUGGUCAGUUAGUGACAGCAUUAAAUGAGCAUGGCAAUUGGUUUACAAAGGAAGAGAAGAUGUGCGUGCAGAUUGCUGCACUCUGUCAUGAUGUUGGACAUGGACCUUAUUCACAUCUUUAUGAUUUUGCCAUUGAAGAAAUUUUUCCCGAACUGGAAGCGGAAAAGGUGCAACAUGAGUAUAGAUCAGCAUCUAUUACUAAACAAAUAAUGGAAAACCUCAAGACUACCAAAGAAAUGAAUGAUUUAACUAGGUGUGAUCACUGGGAUAAGCAUGUAAAGUUAAUACAAGAUAUCAUAACAUUUGAUAAAUUUUAUGAGAAAAACAACAGCAAUGCAGACAAAAUGAAAGAAUUUUGGGAUCAGCAUCUUGCUUCUGGCUACACUUAUAGAGACAGAAGUUUUCUUUUUGAAAUUGUUGCUAAUGGUUUCACUGGUAUUGACGUUGAUAAAAUGGAUUAUUUUAUUCGUGAUUCCCACAGUGUAGGAUUACCCAACAGUUUUGAUUGGAGGCGUUUUACACAAACUGCAAAGAUUAUGAAAUGCACUGAUGAAAAUGGAGCAGUAUUUCACCACAUUUGUUCAAGAGAUAAAGAUGCUCCAUCUCUUUAUGAACUUUUUCACACAAGAAAUUUGCUUUACCGUACAGUGUACAAGCAUAAAACUGUUGUUAUUGUGGAGUACUUAAUAAAAGAAGCCUUAAUAAUUGCCAAUCAUGUUGUUAAAGUAGAUGGUGGCUCUUAUUUGCUUGAUUGUUGGGACAAAAAUGAGGAUUUUAUCAAAAUUGAUGACACAGUUGAGGAUUUUAUACUCCAUUUAUGUACUAAGAAAUUGAAACUUUCCCACGGUAUUACCAAGAGCACUUCAUGUAAUCUUGGUGUCAUUGAUCCUAAUGAAGAAGACACCGAUACAGCAGCAGCAAUGAAGCAACUACAGAAGGCUCAGAAGAUUUUGGAAAGAGUUACUAAUGAAAGGAGACUACCGAAAUUUAACAGGUAA